AUGACACACAAUAGUUUAAUUUGGAAGAUUAUGCCAGUAGUCGUUCGGCUAGUUCCUAUGCCUUCCGUUAGAUCUGAAUUCUCAAGUAUGCGAGCUGAAAGUUCGGUGCGUUCUCCGCGGCUCAAUCUUCUUCCUUUUCUUACCUGCUUAACGUUUCUCUUUUAUCGGGUCAGUACUGCAAGUAUGAUGAGCACACUUUUUUCUCUAACCGUCAGGGUUAUCAGCAAGUACGCAACAAGAAUCUACAGCAACACCAACAGCAACAAUGAUGUACGACAACUAGUCUUCCAGGAGCAAAAAAUGCACACCAAUUUUGGGGGUUCUGCUGUGUUUAUGUCUUCUUGUGGGCGCACGCAAUGGAUAAGUAAGAAUGUAUAUCAUAGCCAAAAGAUUUCUAUAGCUGAUAUCAGGCGUAUCAGAGAAGAUAAACGCAGUGCAUUAUUGUGA